AUGAAUCAACAAGGGACAAACGGUACUUUUGAUAAUAAAGAUUUGGACAUUGCUCCUACUUUAUCACAUCUAGUUGAACUUGGUGAUAAAUGUAAUACUAUCAAAAAACUCUCUUCCGAUGUUCUACAAAGAGCCGAGAAGUCCGGAUCAACUUUGGCAAAUGGAACAUCUACAGAAAAUCUCAUUCAACCUAUAAAGCAACAACUCACUCGGUCAUUUGUUCAACUUCGGUCAUUAAAUCGUAAAGCUAACUUAGAAAAAGCUGCGGAUAAGUUAAGCACUCAAGAAGCAAAAUUAUCAAUGGAUCGAAUCCACUUACAAUUACAAGACCUUAAUUAUAUGAAAUCUUUUCUUGAAAGAGAAAUUCGAAGAUGUAAAUCUUUUAGAUCAAAAUAUCAAAAGAUAGCAUUGAUACCAGAAGAAGAGUUCUUUGCAAGAGCUCCGGAGAGGUUGACUAAACCACUCCCAGAAGGUGGAGCAACUGAAAAGCAGAAACAACAUCAUCUCAUGCUUCAAAGGUUAAACUUUGAAAAAGAAGAACGCAUGAGAUUGAAAGAAGAAGUUAAUAAUAAACUGAAACGAAAAAGAGAAACUUCGGAGCGAAUUGCUGCCAAAAAAACAAAAAUUAAUAACGUAAAUCGAGAAUUCGAAAAAUUUAUAAGGGAAUGUAAACCCUUGGAAGAAAUGUUAGAUAGUACGGAUGUAACUGCUCCUAUGGAAGUCGAACAAUCAGAACCAUCAGAACAACCAUAA